UUUUGACAGACGGUGAAAGACGAUGUUCGGUUUCCAUAAAUCCAAAAUCUAUCGGAGUUUGGAAGGCUGUUGUAUUUGCAAGACUAAAUCGUCUAGUUCUCGUUUCACUGACAGCAGACGGUAUGAGGAAAGCUUCAGACUUUGUUUUGGUUUAAUAGAAGCACGUGCUGGUGAUAUCUGUAAUGCUUGUGUGCUUUUGGUGAAGAGAUGGAAGAAACUUCCUGCUGGAUCAAAAAAAAACUGGAGUCAUGUGGUUGAUGCACGAGCUGGACCUGGUCUUAAAACACUUGUGAAACCUAAGAAAAUGAAGUCUGGCUGUGAUGGCAAAAAGAAGAACAAAUUGCGAAGACUCCAGCAAAAGCUCAAACGACAGAAUUCAGAUGCACAUAGCACAACGUCCAGUAUUUCUCCGUCCCAGUCACCUAGCCACAGCAACCAAUCUGAUGAAGGCUCAGAUACAGAAACCCAGAAAAGUCUGCCUUUACAACCAGUCUUUUCAUUCCUUGAUCUGACUUACUGGAAAAGGCAGAAGAUUUGUUGUGGCAUUAUUUACAAGGGCCGUUUUGGAGAAGUGCUGAUUGAUCCUCGACUUUUUAAGCCUUGUUGUAGCACAAAAAAGGAUGAUGAGUCUGCAGCACAGGCAGAAACACCACUUCAGGCUAUUAAAGGAGAUUGCGUGGAUGACCCCAUUGAUUGGAGUGAAGGAUAAUGUCUAUAUUUUGCCCAAUUUAAGUGGUGUAAAAGUACAUAUCCAGUGGAAUUUACUGAGUGCUUCAGUUAACACGACGAUACUUCAGCAUCCUUGACAUAAAUUGAAUGGGUGCAUGGCCACAUUUAACUUUACGUGCUUCAAAGUCUGAAGUGACAAUACCAUAUGAAAAGGCAUUUGUUGGAAUACAGAAGUGGUUUGCGUUCCAACAUCUAAAGUGUGGUUGUUACAGUAAAGAUUUAGACAUUGAACAGUGCCCUUUUGCACUUAAUGGCACUGACAAA